GGCAGCUGAGCUAUACCUACUUUUGAUAACUAAAUAGCUCUCUCUAUUAGUGGCCAUGGCUUCUACACUUGUUCAAGCCUCCUCUUUCUGCUUUGUCUUAGCUCUUCUAGCCAUUUUCUCUCUCCUAGAUUACUGUUCUUGUUGGUCAUCGGCUGGAGCAACUUGGUAUGGAAGUGCAACCGGUGCUGGAAGUGAUGGUGGUGCUUGUGGGUAUGGGUCCGCUGUAGAACAAUCUCCUUUCUCUUCCAUGGUAUCAGCUGGAGGCCCUUCUCUAUUUAAAUCCGGCAAAGGUUGUGGAGCUUGCUACCAGGUUAAAUGCACAGACAAUGCGGCAUGUUCAGGGAAUCCGGUGACCGUCGUGAUUACUGACGAGUGCCCUGGUUGUGUAUCGGAGUCGGUUCACUUUGAUAUGAGUGGGACUUCAUUUGGAGCCAUGGCAAAUUCAGGCCAAGCUAAUCAGCUACGCAGUGCUGGACAAUUGCAGGUUCAAUAUCAAAGAGUUCAGUGCGACUAUGGAGGGGUAAAUAUUGCAUUCCAUGUUGAUUCUGGGUCCAACUCCUACUACUUCGCGGUGGUGAUAGAAUUCGUGGACGGCGAUGGUGAUCUCAAUGCUGUUGAUCUCCGGCAAGCUCUAGACUCAGAUACAUGGCAGUCCAUGCAGCAUUCUUGGGGUGCUGUGUGGAAGCUUGACAACGGCUCUGCAAUGAAAGCUCCUUUCUCUAUCAGGCUCACGACGCUUGAAUCCGGCAAGGUACUUGUGAUAACCGACGCUAUUCCGGCAGGGUGGACGGCCGGUACUACUUAUCAAUCGGCCGUCAAUUAUCAAGUCUGAUGAUCAGUUUUAUCCAAAGGUUUAUUAAUCUAUGUUUUCCAAGUCUAUUAGUUAGCUGGUGUUACUUGGAAGUAAACCUUUGAAGACUUUGUUUAGUCUACUUGUACUAUCUUCCCUAUCUAUAAAUAAGGAGAGGAGAAGUCUCAUGAUUGAUAGCGCCGCCUGUCCAUGGAAAGUGGUGUUAAUAAACCUUACCCACAAUGUCUCAUUUGCCAAGUGGUAGAGAUGAAACGGUUGUAAGUCGAAAAUAAAUAAAUAAAUAAGCAUGUCCUCAUUUGCUCUCUUUGGUCA